AGAAACAUUUAAAAUGCGUACUGCAUGUGCAUUCUGCGCUAGUGAUCGUGACGCUGCCAGUGGAAGUCGACGAAAAGUGUGAAGCAACACCUUUUGGCAUAAUGGCAGCAGUAUGAUUGAUGACUAAUGCUGAUUACAUAUUGUGUUGUUUAAUUUACACUGCUUCGGAGACAUUGUAGAAAGUUACAGACAGUAAUGUGUAGAAAGCUUGCUUGAAUGGAUGCAAAAACAUGGACGCCAUAGUUUCAGGACGGAAUAUCUAUACCAGUGAUUCGGAAAAUGGCCCAGUAAAACCUUGAAAACUGAACUAAAAACCACGUGAUUAUGCAGCAUUAUGCAGUGAAGUGAACGUACACCAUCAACCACACCUGUUGACAGCGAGUGAAUCAAGUGCCGAAAACUUUAUCGACUGCAACUGCAACUCCUACUAGGUUCAGAAUGAGUGAACUUGUCGGUGCAGCCUUUGGCUCGGUCGCGACGGCUGCCUCGAGCGUUGGCUGGUUUGUGCCGAUGCUGGUAGCCGCCAUUGCCUACUUCCAGUACGAAGAGUUCAUGGAUCCGGAGGCGCGUGUUAUCGACGUCCCGACGGAGAUUAUGCUGGACAAGUAUGAUUUUAUAAUUAUAGGCGCAGGAUCUGCCGGAGCUGUUCUGGCUAAUCGUUUAACUGAGGUGGAGAAUUGGAAUGUGCUGCUGCUGGAGGCCGGUGGCGAUGAGACGGAGAUAUCGGAGGUACCGCUAAUGGCGGGCUAUCUGCAGCUCAGCAAGCUGGAUUGGAAAUACAAAUCAGAACCGUCAGGAACGUUUUGUCUAGGCAUGAAUGGCGGACGAUGCAACUGGCCCCGUGGUAAAGUACUUGGAGGGUCCAGUGUACUGAACUACAUGCUUUAUCUGCGCGGCAACAAGAAAGACUACGACAACUGGGAAGCGAUGGGUAACACGGGCUGGGGCUACAAGGAUGCACUGUAUUACUUCAAGAAAUCGGAGGACAACACCAACCCGUAUCUGGCCAACACACCGUACCAUUCGACUGGCGGCUAUCUAACGGUUGGAGAGGCACCCUACCACACACCGUUGGCGGCUGCAUUUGUGGAAGCGGGCGUCGAGAUGGGCUACGAAAACCGGGACCUAAAUGGAGCGAAGCAGACCGGUUUUAUGAUAGCGCAGGGAACGAUCCGCCGAGGAGGACGUUGCAGUACGGGCAAAGCGUUUCUAAGACCGGCACGUUUGCGACCCAACCUGCACGUGGCCAUGUUUGCCCACGUGACGCGCGUUAUGAUUGAUCCGAUCAGUAAGAUCGCGUUUGGGGUGGAGUUCAUUCGCGAUCGGAAAGUGCACCACGUGCGCGCUUCCAAGGAGGUGAUCGUAUCGGGUGGUUCCGUAAAUUCGCCCCAGAUACUGAUGCUUUCGGGUAUUGGGCCGAAGAGCGAGCUUGCCAAGCAUCGGAUACCGCUGAUCAAGGAUUUGCCGGUGGGUGAGAACCUGCAGGACCACAUCGGACUUGGUGGGCUAACGUUUAUGGUGAACCAACCGGUAUCGAUCGUGGAGAACCGCUACCACUCGAUGUCGACCGUGUUGCAGUACGCAGUGUUAGGGCAGGGUCCACUAACUAUUCUUGGUGGGGUGGAAGGGCUCGCCUUCGUCAGCACGAAGUACGUGAACGCAUCCGACGACUAUCCAGACAUUGAGUUUCACUUCGUAUCCGGCUCGACCAACUCGGACGGUGGCAACCAACUGCGCAAGGCCCAUGGUCUAACGGAAGCGUUCUACAACGCGGUCUUUAAACCGAUCAACAACAUGGAUGCGUGGAGCAUCAUACCGAUGCUGUUGCGACCGAACAGCGUUGGCACGAUAAAGCUGCGGAGCAGCAAUCCCUUCGACUAUCCGUACAUUUACCCGAACUAUUUGCACGACGAUCGUGAUAUGCGUACGCUGAUCGAAGGUGUGAAGAUAGCGUACGCCCUGUCGCGAACACAGACGAUGCAGAAGUACCAGUCGACGCUGAGCGCGUACAAGUUUCCUGGCUGUGCGCACAUACAGAUGUUCACCGACCUUUACUGGGAGUGCAUGAUUCGGCACUACACGUGCACGAUCUACCAUCCGGUCGGGACGUGCAAGAUGGGCCCGUACUGGGACAAGCAGGCUGUCGUCGAUCCACAGCUGCGCGUGUACGGUGUACGCGGGCUGCGUGUAAUCGACGCCAGCAUCAUGCCAAAGCUUGUCAGUGCCAACACCAACGCACCGGUUAUCAUGAUAGCCGAGAAGGGUGCCGAUAUGAUAAAAGACUUUUGGAUCAAGCGCGGCGUGGCGUAAUUGGAUGCUCUCUCUAUUGCUUAAAUCCCAUCUAUGUAAAAAUGAUUUUCCUCCCAAGCGACAGUAAUGUGAUGAAUGAUGGUUCUGU